AUGGCAGAAUGUGCUCAUGGAAACUUUGUCGAUAAUAGCAUAGAGAGAAUUCCAUUCAACUACCAGCUUUUAGAGUUGGAGAAGGCGGCCUUGGUUCAGGAAAGAAUUAAAAAGGACCGUGAACUGCACCCGGAGAAAUAUGUGCGGGGAGGAAACGUGUAUAAUAGGAAUAACGGCAAUAAUGCCGGUAACGGAAACUUCAACAGUGGAAAUAACAGAUACCAGCGCAAUAAAUACAAGGGUGAUCAAAAUCAUAGACGCAACGACACCAUAACAAAGCCCAUGUUGCAGAUGAACCAGUACAAACAGAACUAUGGUGGAUACUAUGGCUCAAAAUACCAGCAAACGCAGUACCAGAGCCCAGGUUAUGGUGCACAGAUGUACACGUCUGUAUCUUUUGGCUGCCAGCAGCAACAGCCUCAACAUAUGUUAUCGGUGAAUUCUCAGUCAUUACAGCAAAAAUUUUCAGUCGAAGAACCAAUAACUCCAUUCCAGAGACAGUUACGGUCAAUAAUUCGUGCAGCCAGCCCGAAUUCAUCAGUUGCAUCAAGUCCUGCAGGCACUCCCCAAAUUUCAUCAGCCACAACCUCAGCCACAUCUGUGAGCAUGGCCCAGGAUCCGGCAUCGCAAAGUCUCGGCGCGUACGAAAAUUUAUCGCGACAAGGUGGUGGCAGCAGCACAGCCUUUUUCUCGAACCCGGCCCCUAGCUUUGCUACACCCUCAUUGGUCAGAACAUCGUCUUCUCCGGGUUCUUUUUACACCAGAAGCGGCAACAACAUGUCUAUUUCUGAGAACAAGCCACAGGAAACUCUGCAGGGACAAUUUUUGCAGAGAUCAAUGUCCUCAUUGGACAGCACAAGCGCAUUGAACUCGAACAUCUCUACACCGGCAGCAUCGGGAAACAUCUGGAACUCGAGCUCCACAAACACCAACAUAGAACAAAUAUCGAACUACAACAACGCAGGCACCGUUCCAGGGGGUUCCAUAAACAACCUAUUUGCCAAUUCGGGUCUGACAUGGGCAGCUGGCAAAUACUAG